AUGACAACCGACCCUCAAUAUCGUAGAAAUUAUUCUGCUAGCUUUUUGCGACCCGAUGGUCGUUAUGUUCGUCAGAACAAAACCAGUUUUACUGAGUUUGAAUGGGAAAAUGAACCAAUUCUUACAACAAUUAGUCCAACAACAUUACCAAUGGCUAAAACACUACCAAAUGUAAAAUCACAAAAAACUUGGGAUUCAGAUAAAGCACUAAAAAGUACACAUAAAGGUUUAUUUGGUAAAUAUCAAUUACGUACUUAUCUAUUAUUGGCAUUGGGUUAUGGUGUCAUUGGAGCUUGGUUGGCAGAAAUGCCAUCAUUUGCUUUGUUACCACCGAAAUAUAUUGAUUGUACAUCAUAUGAUUCGAAGAAAUCAAAUAUAAGUGAUAGAUUAUCUACGGAAUUGGAUACAACAACAACAACAAUAAUCACAGUUUUGUAUAACGAUACCGAAAGAAUUCCUAUUAAUGGAAGACAAAGCGUUGAACCAGUAUAUAAUUAUAGCAAAGAAUAUGGACGAAGUGUACUUACUGAUAUGCAUGACAUCACGUUUAAUACUCUAUGUGAUAAAACACGUGUGAAAAUACCUUAUAUAUUGUAUAUAAUUGGUUUCAUUUUGGGUGGUUUCAUAUUUGGCUAUAUUGCUGACCAUAGUGGAAGAAAAAUGAUUUUACUCGGUUCAAUGUGGACAGCAUGUGUUAUAUCAAUAUUUCAAUUAUUAAGUGAAGAUUAUAUUUCUUAUAUAUUUUUUAUGCUUUUUAUUGGAUUUGCUAUUGGUGCUGUACAUGUUAUUACUUUACCAUAUGUUAUGGAAAUGUUUCCAGUUCAAACACGAGCUAUUUAUGCUCUAUCAUUAAUAGGUGUAGUAUUUUUACUAGAUUUGAUUAUACCAUGGAUUGCAUUAGGAAUAAAAAAUUGGAAAAUUUUACAAGCAAUUGUUUCUGUACCAUUGAUUCUAACCGCUAGUCUUUAUUGGUUUAUGGAAGAAUCAAUGUUUUGGUAUACAUCACAAAAAGAUUAUGUAACAGCUAUAUUAUCUUUAAAACGAAUAUCUGAAAUUAAUGGUAUAGUUUUUGAAAAUGUAUUUCGUGAAGCACGUGAAUUUCUUCGUGGUAAACGUUCAAAAGGCAUUCAAUGUGAUUUUCAACCAUUACUUCGAUUGCAGGAUAUUCAAUCAUUGGGUACAAAAUAUCCUGAUUUUGAUAUGGUAGAUUUACAAGCAACAACAGGAAAAAAAACUAAUCUAUCACAACGUAUAUUAAAAGUUAUAAGUGGUCAUGAUUAUUAUCCAACAAUAUCAACAUUUUAUCCAACAGAUUUUUUUCGUUCACCUGUAGUAACUAUUUAUUUACUUAUUAUGUGUGGUCUUUGGCUUGUUAGUUCAUUAACAGAAUACAGUCUUGAAGCUCCACAUUUAACACGACAUUUAACAGAUAAUUUUUUUCACAAUUACUUUUAUUCGCAUCUUAUACAAAUUGUAUCAUUUAUAAUAGCAUUUCCUUUGGUUUAUCUGUGGGGUCGACGAUGGCCAACAUUUGGUUUUUUUCUUAUCGCAGAAGUUUGUCUACUUGGUUCAGUUGCUGUUAAAUUAGAUAAUGAACAAACACGUUCGGCAAUGCUUGUUGUUUAUUUCAUGGGUAAACUUUCAACUCGUGCUGCAUUUAUUGUGAUAGCUAUUUAUACAUGUGAAAUAUUUCCAACGGGUUUAAGAUGUACAGCACUUGGUAUUUGUUAUACAUUUCGGUUAAUUGGUGUUGCACUUGCUUCUCCAGAUGUGGGUGAAAUAAACGAUUGGAUGCCUCGUCUUAUUUAUGGAGUUCUUUCAUUAGUUCUCGGUUCCAUGGCACUUUUAUUACCUGAAACAAAAACAAUACCAUUACCAAGAACAAUGUUGCAAAUAGAAACAAUUCCAACAUCAAUAAGUAAAACUUUUCGUCGACAUCGUUCAUCAUAUGCUAAACGACCUGUUCAAACAGAAGAAAAACGUUCAGAAGCACCAAAUAGUUUUAAUGAUGCUGCUUCAGUCGUAUCUGGUAUGCGUUCAACUCGUCCAUAUGAUUAUCAAUCAACAUUUCAUAGUAUUUAUGAAUUACAAGACUUUGGACAAUAUGAUACAGUACCUUCACUACCUACUCGAUAUCCAUCUCGUCGAAUGGAUUUGAAUCCAUAUUAUUCACCAUAUGGUGGUGUUAUGAGUGAAUUGUUUCGACCUCAACAAUCAAUUGCUGAAGAUGGUGAAUAUAAUGAAGAUGUUCAUCAGGAUGAAAGACGUUUAUCAUUACAAAGACGUCUUAGUGAACAAAAAAGAUUAGCUACCAUAAAUACGCCUAAUUUACCUACAGAAGAUGUUAUUAUUUUACCUGAUGCAACAAGACAAAUAUCAAACGAAAAACAAUUUUCAUCUGAUAUACCACGACAAAAUCAAGCUGAAGAUCAAACUGAAUUGAUAGCAACAUCUGAUGAAAAAACAGAGAAAGAUAAUCAAGAUGAAAAACAAUCUCCAAGACCUCCAUAUCAACGAACAAUGAGUCAAGAUGAAAAUUAUUUUUCUGAACAUUGUUAA